AUGUAGGUUUACCAGGAUCUUCUUACAGGCGAUGAGCUUCUGUCUGAUUCCUUCCCUUACAAGGACGAGAACGGCAUGUUAUGGGAAGUUGAAGGAAAGUGGGUUGUGAAAGGAGCGAUGAAUUUCGACAUUGGUGCGAAUCCAUCAGCUGAAGAAGGUGGAGAAGACGAAGGAGUCGAUGAUCAAGCUGUGAAGGUUGUCGAUAUCAUCGAUACUUUUAGGCUUCAGGAGCAACCAUCGUUCGAAAAGAAACAGUUUGUGAUGUUCAUGAAGAGAUACAUAAAGCAACUAAACCCUAAGCUGGACUCAGAAAAACAAGAGCUGUUCAAAAAACACAUCGAGAGUGCUACCAAGUUUUUGAUGUCAAAGCUCAAAGACUUCCAAUUCUUUGUGGGAGAGAGCAUGGGGGAAGAAGGGAGCUUAGUGUUUGCUUACUACAAGGAGGGAGCCACUGAUCCUACUUUUCUCUACUUAGCCUACGGCUUGAAGGAGAUCAAGUGCUGA